AUCCCCGUUUCUUGGGGGAUUUUUUUUUGUCUAGUUGAGAACUUUCCAGAAUACCAACAGAUAAUUACUGGGAGCAUGUCUCACAGACUCUUUAUCCUCGUCUACAGAGGCGAUCCCCUCGAUUACAGCGAAUACCGACACACGGCUCUGUACGUGCAAUUCGCAUCACAAAAACGCAGUAUCCUACAUAUCCUAGGUACCCAGGGUCUCUACAGAUAUGUGGAAUACCCUGGGGCUGAUCCGAUGGAACUUGGGGAUCUGGUGCGUGCGGUGCCGGUGACGGAUUUGUCGGUCUCCGUUGAGGAAGAUGAUAUUCGGGAGACGGUGGCACGAACGCCGGUGCGCAAUGGGUAUUUGGAUUUGGAGUGGAACUGCCAGCACUGGGUGGGGGAUGCCUUGGCCAGAUUGGUGGACAGAGGUUGGGUCGCAGACACGGAGCGGGCGGAUGCAAUCGAUAAGAUGACCGAUGCUUGCUUGGAGGCCCGUGAUGACCAGCUGCUCGAUGCUCAGUGAUCGGGUUUGUUGCUUUUCUCAAACAAGGAAAGUUUCCAUCAGUGGUCAUCCUCGAGGUGGAAAGUAAUCUCACGCCUUGGUGGCUGGGAGUGAGAUCGGUUGUUGAGACUGCGUUGCUGCGGUGUGGGGUAGCACCGGGCUAAAAAGGCGUCACUUGAACUAUUUUUUGCCUCCAAGCAGCAACCUCCAUAGUUUAUCGGUACUUGCGUGAAUGCGUAUAGGCCACAGAAUACG